GCAUCUCAGUCACACCCAGGCAUUCCAACAGGUAUCUCUGCAGUGAUGUGGGAUCUUUAAAAGGUUACAGCAAGGAGAUAUAAAUAUGGAUGAGUCAUUAACAGUGUUCAGUCACAAUUUGUUUUCAAUCUGAACAUUUUCCAUAGUCCAUCUUCUGCAGAAAACAGAAGUAAAGGAGUUACCUGUACAGCAGGAGCCAUGUCUCAUGUCACGUCUCUGAAGCUUGUGCUUGUGGGAAAGGCGGGAGCUGGGAAAAGCUCGGCAGGAAACACCAUCCUCGGAAAAGAAGAAUUUACAGCAGGUUUUAGUUUCAAUGCUGUAACUACUGAAUGUCAGAGAGGAGAGGGGGAAGUAGAUCGUAGGACAGUCACAGUGGUCGACACACCAGGUGUGGCUGACUUGCAUGUUUCUGUGGAGGAUGCAAAAGACAGGGUAGCAGAAUGUUUCCCAAUGAGCGCCCCAGGACCAGAUGCAUUCCUGCUGGUGAUAAAAUUGGGCCUGUUUACACCAGAGGAGAAACAAGCAGCAGACGUGAUUCAAGAAGUGUUUGGUGCGGCUGCUUUAAAGCAUACUAUAGUCCUAUUUACCCAUGGAGAUCAACUGGAGAACCCUGAUGAUCUAGAGACGUCAGUAAAGAAAUGUGAUGAGCUCACGAUUCUUCUUGAUAAAGUAAGAUGGAGGUAUCAUGUUUUUAAUAAUAAAAUUGAUGAUCGUACCCAAGUAAUUGAACUCCUGAAUAAGAUUGAUCAAAUGGUGGGUGAGCGAGGACGCUACACCAGAGAGCUGUUCCAGAAGGCAGAUGAGAAGAGAAAACAGAAACAGGAGAAGGAGCGCUUGAGGAGAGAAGAGGAAGAACUCAGACAAGAAUGGUAUGAAAAACCAGAAUUGAGGAUAUUACUGAUCGGGAAGUCUACGGCAAGUAACAGGAUUGCAAGCAAAAUCAUCCUGGAAGAGAGAUUCCAGUAUCCAGAUACAGAAGGAUGUCAAAAAAUAAAUGGAGAAGUGCUUGGGAGGAGAGUAAGUGUGGUUGAAACUCCAGGACUCUCUGAUGCAUGCAGAAAGUCAGAGAAAGAAAUCAUGCAUGAAAUCCUGUCGUGCAUCUGCCUUACUUCACCAGGACCUCAUGCCUUUGUCAUUGUAGAAAGGUCUCGAGAGGAAAGUGCUGAGAGGAAGAACAUUUUGAAGCUGACCGAAGAUGCAUUUGGUGGCCAGCCCUUGUAUGUAAUAUUCCUGGCCAUUGAAAAGCGUUAG